UUUGGCGUCAAUGAUGAUAGUGAUGCGUCUCUGGUCGGGCAAGUCGACUCGGGUCUCAGCAGCGGUGGCAACUAUAAUGCUAUGCUCUUGACAACUCUCAGUCUCGUAGUCCGGGAGCGUGACGUCGAUACCGUGAAAGCCGUUCUCCGUGAGUACUUGCUCCCACUUCUCUUCGGUGAUGCAGGCGCCCCAUUCCCGAUAGUCCUCGCUUCCUGUGUCUCUGUUAGCGUUGCUCAACUCCCGCGGAGUGAGUUCUUGAUCUUACCAAUCCACCAACCAGGCAGCGUUCCGAAUAUGAAUCCGUGUCUCAAGAUUUGGGGCUUGGUGAUUUCCAGGAGAACAAGCUUCCCGCCUCUGCGACGUGAUACGGUUUAG